CUCGAGCUUCGUAGGCGGCUCUGUAAGUAUUGACGCCUAAAUCAAUGUCAAUGAUAGCUUCUUCUAUUUCAUGCGUUUUAUGCGAUUUAGUUCGUAUAACGAUAGGGAAUGUGCAUGGAAACGUAUAUGUUUUUUGCUGAAAAAAUGACGUCGUCUAUGUUUUCUCUCUGAGAAAAUGUUGUAAGUUAAAAGAAAUUAGCAUCCUGAAUCCUUUUAUUUUGUAUAUGCGACAUAUAUGUAAUAUAUUUGCCUCUCCAUUUAACUUUAUACAACCUUUUAGUUUCUUUGAGUUUGAUCUGUUUGAUUAGAUUGUGUACACUGGGAUUGCGAUGUCUUUGACUGGGGUUUUACAGAUUUCAGCAUUGUAUCUUGGCCGCUUGAUUUUUUUUUUUUGGGAUUUCUUCCAGCUUUUUUGGGCACUAAUUGACUACUCGUUUCUUAAUGCGUAGGACUAAUUAAAUAGUUUAUUUUAUUCUGUGAAUAUGUUGGAUAUUGAUUUGUUUGUUGUUGUUUUCAAUUUGAAAUCAAAUGUUUUCAAAAAAAAUUUACGUAGUGGUUUUUUGGUUGUUCAACUGAAUUCAAAUGAUUCUAUUUCUAUUUGCUUGUAUUGUAAGUUUUAUAUUUUUCUUCCUUUGGUGUAUCUUAUAACUUAUUGAUCGCUGAAAUGAAAUGGUAUUGGUCAUGUUUUCCCUUUAUUUUUCCUGGGGUAACCUUGACAACUAUAAGUUCCCUGGACCGUGGGUUAACAAUAUCUUUGUAUUAAAUGCAAUGGAUUUCUGAGUAGCAUAUUUCCACCUCCUUUUUGUGCCCCUUUUUUUAGUUUUUUUGGAAGUUGAACAUGUGCUGGUAUCUUUAAUGUUGUUGAAACUAAUCCUUUAGUUUCUUGUCCUUCUGAAGAGACUUGUAAUCAUUUUUUUUUAGGUUUAGCUCUGUUGUGGUCGACUUGCAAUGUUAAAUAGGGGAAUUUUAAAUACACAAUUUCUAUAAUUUUCCUGAACAGCAGACAUAUAGAUAAUGUGCAAAUGCACUGUUUAAAGAUAAUUAGAUAACAAUAGUCCUGUGAACUCAAUCUGAGGUGAGUAUAUAAUGUGAAAGUGGAAUUUUAUUUUUGGGUUCACUUUAUUUCAAUUAUUUAACUCAGUGUGGUUGGUAUUUGUUACUUAUGAUUUGAGUCUACAGGUAAGUCAUGGUUAAGCAUAACAAUGUCGUGCCCAGUGGGCACUUCAGGAAGCACUGGCAGAACUAUGUGAAGACCUGGUUCAACCAACCUGCACGCAAAACCAGGAGAAGAAUCGCUAGACAAAAGAAGGCUGUGAAGAUUUUCCCUCGACCGACAACUGGUCCACUUCGUCCUAUUGUCCAUGGGCAGACAUUGAAGUAUAAUAUGAAAGUCAGGGCUGGUAGGGGAUUUUCUCUUGAGGAGCUUAAGGCAGCGGGGAUUCCAAAGAAACUUGCCCCUACUAUUGGCAUUGCAGUUGAUCAUCGUCGCAGAAACCGCUCCCUAGAGGGUCUCCAGACUAAUGUCCAGAGGUUGAAGACUUUCAAGGCCAAAUUAGUUGUCUUCCCAAGACGUGCUCGAAAGUUCAAGGCUGGUGAUUCUGCUCCCGAAGAAUUGGCAACGGCCACACAAGUCCAAGGUCCUUACAUGCCCAUUGCACGCGAGAAGCCAAGUGUUGAGCUUGUUAAGGUCACAGAUGAGAUGAAGUCAUUUAAGGCCUAUGACAAGCUGCGCGUGGAGCGGGUGAACAAGCGCCAUGUUGGUGUCAGGAUGAAGAAGGCUGCAGAAGCUGAGAAGGAAGAGAAGAAAUAGUGAGUUCUAGCUGAUUGCUGAUGCCUGCAUUGUUUUUUUUUUUUUGCUCAUUGGGUUCGUGUCUAAUUACUGGGUUUUGUCUGAACGAUUAGAAGUAGCAUUUGUAAUAUCAGUGUUAAGCUGUAUGAAUUUUGGGAUUUCUUGAUUAUCUGUUUGGUUUUGCGUUCCUACGAUGGCUCUCUACAUAUUUGAAUGGCAGUGUCCUUG